UCUCACUGCUUGUACCGAGCGAACGUGCAACCCUUUGGCACACUUUUCUGUACUGGGAGAUCUUCUUUGCCAUAACAGCUCAACAUGGUAGCAACGGAACACGCCAACAAUCAGGCCGAGCGUCUGGAGAAUAUUCCUCAACAACCACUGCACCAGCUGGACACUCCGUUCGAGAAAGCUACCUUCGGAAUGGGUUGCUUUUGGGGGUGCGACUCGCUCUUCGGAGCCACCAAAGGUGUUCUGCGUACACGUGUCGGCUAUGCCGGAGGUACCACCGAGUCUCCAGCAUAUAAGAAAAUGGGAGAUCACACGGAGGUGAUCGAUAUUGACUACGAUCCGGAGAAGAUCAGCUACAAUGAUCUGCUGGAUCUGUUUUGGAACAACCACGAGUACGGUUUGACAACUCGCAUGAAGCGCCAGUACAUGUCGCUGAUUCUCUACCACAACGAGGAGCAACGGAAGACAGCGGAAGAAAGUCGAACGCACGAGCAGAUCAAGCGUGCCCCGGAGCAGAUCGUCACCGAAAUUGCCCGGGCAGGUACCUUCUAUCCAGCCGAAAACUACCACCAAAAGUACCGCCUGCAGGGUCACACCGAUCUGGCCAAGGGCAUUGGACUGACAGCGGAAUUGCUGCACACGUCGCAUGUGGCCGCACGUCUGAACGGAUACCUUAUCGGUGUGUCUGGACUGAAGCAGUUCGAAGAUGAGGCCGAGCUACUGGGGUUGAGCAAGGAGCAGACGCAGUACGUCCGGGAGUACGUCAUCCAGAACGAAGGUGGCGGCAUUUUCUGCUAAAACAUUUGGAAACAGAUGUGAUGGCACAAUGUAUAUGAUGCAUUCUCAGUCCAGAGGAUGGGAGAUCCUGUUGAUUACUCCUCUCACCGCUGAUAACGGUUUUAUAAAGCGUUAUCAUUCUUACGUUCAGAAAUUGGAACACGGAUAGAUUAGAUGAAUCGAUCUACGAUGCGAUUGUACAAGUGAUGUUAGGUUAUACUUAUACUGAUAACAAGUGAGACGUGUAGUAAUAAGAUAAUAAAAUAAGCCAAUAAAGUAGAGAAGUCAUGAAGAGGUACUUCUUGGUAC